AUGAAGCAGCCGUUGCAUUCCAGCUUUUCUAGGACGAUAACAAAACAGGGAGGAACAGGAGGAGGAUCAUUAGCAUCGUCCUGGAGGAGAAGAAGGAGCAGCAGUCCGCUCAGAAUCACCACACCGUCCAAAUCGAAAUGUCAGCUCAGUGCCACAGGAAAUGAUGAUGAUGAUGAAUGGUGGGACCUGGAAGAAGAUAUGGCCGAGAUUGCGGCAAUGGGAGGAGAUCCAUCCUUCUUGCUUCCAGGUCUUGACGAACCGAAAUCAAAGAAUAAAGGCAAUGACGACACAAACCAAGAGCGUAGCAUACCGUCCAAGGCCCCACAGGAGUCGUCGUCGUCGUCGUCAUCACGGGACCUGGAAGACGAGAUUGCGGCAAUGGGAGGAGAUCCGUCGUUCUUGCUUCCAGAGGACAUUGAAUCAAAAGACAACAAUAAUCGUGGUGGUGAAUCAUACAACGAGCGAAGUAUACCAUCCAAGGUCCCACCAGUGCCGCCAUCGUCAUGGGACCUGGAAGAAGACAUGGCCGAGAUCGCGGCAAUGGGAGGAGAUCCGUCGUUCUUGCUUCCACCCGAUGAACCGAAACCAAAGAAUAGUGAUGGUGGAAAAUCAACAUUCCAAGAGAGUAGUAGUAUAUCAUCCAAGGUCCCACCGCCAUCGCCAUCAUCGUCAUGGGACCUGGAAGAAGACAUGGCCGAGAUUGCGGCAAUGGGAGGAGACCCGUCCUUCUUGCUUCCACCCGAUGAACCGAAAUCAAAAGGAAAAGAUGGUGGAAAAUCAAAAGAAAACCAAGAGAGUAGUAGUAUACCAUCCAAGGUCCCACCGCCAUCGCCAUCAUCGUCAUCAUCAUCGUGGGACCUAGAAGAAGACAUGGCCGAGAUUGCGGCAAUGGGAGGAGAUCCGUCCUUCUUGCUUCCACCCGAUGAUGAACCAAAGUCAAAGGAUUUUGUUGGUAAUGUCGUUGACGAGGAUACUAGCAUUUCCGAGUUUGAUAGAAGCAACAUAGGAGGCGAUUCCUUUUUCUCUUCUUCUUCUUCUGACAACAACAACAACAACAACAAUAUUAUGGAACGGGAUGAUCGAAGAUUUGAAAUUGAAGCCAUGGGAGGUGACCCCUUUUUCUUGACCAAUGACAUUGACCAAAAAGUCCUGCAACAGGAGGAAGAACAAGAGGAGGAGGAGGAGACAUUGCCCGAAGCCUUUUUGGAGUUGGCCACCAUGGCAGGAGCAGCCAGCCCAGUCAUGGACCUGAUAGACCCUGCUGCUAGUAGUAGUGAACCGAUGCCAUCGAGCGACACGAAAGCUCCCAACAAGCCGCCAGUAGCAGCAGACACCAUCCCCUUUGUUCGAAAUAAUAGCCGAGGAGAAAUGGAUUUGGAUGAUAACGAUGACAACGACGACGACAUGUCAGUAGCUGCUGCCGAAAUUGACGCCAUGGGUGGUGACUCUUUCUUUUUGACAAACAACGGCGACGACGAGGAUGACGAGGAUGAUGAUGAUUCGAAUGAGGAUACUAGUAGUACUACCAAAAGUGCAGCGUUAGACGAGCUGAAACAAUUAGCCAUGAGCGGCGGCGGAGGCGUAGCUGACAUGUUACAAGGAGGAAUGGACCAAGAUUCCUCAGAGAAAAAUAAUGAUGAUGAUGAUGAUGAUGAUAAAUGGGAAUGGGAUGGUAUCGUCGACGAAGAAGCACAUUUGGGAUUCCUGUAG